AUGGGUGGAGUUGGAGGGAAAUAUACGGGUCUUGACGAAGCCGAGAAGCCGACAAGGGGGAUAUCGUCUUGCUUGGGUUUGCUCAAGGUUACGAUCCAGCAAGAUGUUGAUAGAAGCAUGAGCCGAUAUAAUAAGGGAUCGGGCAAGGCCGAUACGAUAAGAGAUCGGGGACCGCUUGGUCCCGCUCAUUGUCACACUUCAUCCUUUGAGAGGCAUACUCCCACCUGCCACUACUGUAUAUAUAUAUCGAGCGGAGAGCUCCAGGCUGCCACCAUGUUCGAUUAG